UAUGGGUGUUCAUGGUUUAACUGGCAUUUUAUCGCGAUAUGCACCUAAUGCUGUUCGUUCUAUAAGCUGUAAUGUAUUAGCAACACAAACGAUUGCUAUUGAUGCUAGUUGUCAUUUAAAUAAGUUUGUCUAUGGUGACGAAACACAUCCACAUCGGCAUAUCUAUGGAUUUUAUCAACUUGCACGCUUCUGUGAUUUAAACAAAAUCAAGCCCAUCUUUGUAUUUGAUGGGCCUCGACGAUUAGAAGCCAAAGACUUUGAAAAUGCAAAGCGUGAACGUACUCGACAUAAGGUCAAGCAUUCACUCUUGUUUGAAAAAGAACAGUCGAUACGUCUGGGCAAUUGGAUGGAAGUUUCGGAUGCUUAUCAUCAAACAGACUUGUCUAGGCAGAGUACCAUGUCUAUCUUGAGUGAAUUGGGCGAGGCAUUAGAAGAUAUAGACGAAUAUCCUAUGUCGCAUAUUUCAGAUCAGAAACAGCAUGAAAUUGAGGCCAAAUUAGCUCAAAUUGCUCAAGAAUUAAAAGUGGCUAUCAUUAUUGCUGAAAAUACAGACAAAUACACAAAAACAGUAAGAGAUCUAGCCAACAGGGAAAGAGAUGUCAUGGCAGACAUGGUUAUCCAUCGUUUUAAGGGAAUCAAACCGGCAUUACAACAAUUGAAAAAGGACAACCAAGCCAUGCUUCAUUCUUUAGAGAAAAGGUCUUACCGCAUCACACAACUGACAAGAGACGAAUGUCAAGCAUUUCUUAAGACAAUGGGCUAUGUUUGCCUUACGUGUGAUAGUCACGAAGCAGAAGCCAUGUGUGCUCAUUUAUCAAAAUCAAAAAGAACUACUGCCACUGUAUCAGAAGAUUUGGAUACACUUGUGUUUGGAGAUGCACCUAUUUUACGCUAUUUUUUCUCUAGAGCAAGACCUAUUCUUUCCAUUGAUCCUAUCUUGGCAAGAAAAGAACUCGGAUUGACUCGAGAAUCCUUUGUUGAUUUCUGCAUUUUGUGUGGUACUGAUUUUUCAGGUACUAUACGAGGUAUUGGCCCCAUACGUGCAUUAAAAGCAAUACAAGACCAUGGUAACAUAGAAACCUUAUUGGCUCAUUUGGACUCAAAAUAUAAGCCUCAAGAGACAUUCAACUAUAAACUGGCUAGACAAGUAAGUCAAUUGUACGAAUGAUAGCUAAUGGUCGUAUAUAGGUAUUUAACCAUUUACCCCCUAUACCCACAUACGAUGAGGCCUAUGAGUCACCCAAAACAAGCGAAUUAGAGAAAAGAGACAUAUUGAGUUAUUAUCAGAUUGACCCAGCAGAAGCAGACCAGAAGCUUCAGUCUACUAUGUUAUUACAAAAUAUCCAGUGGGGCAAGGAUCCUUUUAUGCCUCAUGAAUUAAGCUAUUUGAAUUUUGAUUAAAAACGAUUGGCCUAUGAACGGAAGGACGCGUCAUGGAAUCGCUCUUUAUUUAUCUAAAGGCAGGCAAAGAAAACCCCGCCUGAUAUAAAAUAGCCUCUUUUUCUUU